AAUUAAGUCGCAACAUGAUGAAUGGAGCGUGCGCCGUUCGCGGGGUUGAUGGUUGCAGCACAGCAUAGCAUAGCGUGUGUAGCGCGACAUCUCCCACCUUCACAUCCACAAACCGAUCCACUCUGGAUCCGCGACGCACUCAGCUGCCAAGCACGCGGGGAACAGCAGAAGCAAGUUCGCAAAACUGUCCUGUAGCAACGCGACAUUCACCAUCUGAGCCAAAUCUUCCCAACCGCGCACAUCCCCGAGACAUCGAACCUUUUGGACUUUCAGCGUAGCGGUGCGGCGCUUAGCCACAUAGGCUCCUACCUUUGUGUCGCAGUCUAUCUUCUCCCCUCGUUGCUUGAGUCAUACGGCAGCACAGAGCCCCUAGCGCAAGCCAGAAACCAUCAUGCCGUCAAGGGGAGGGACAGACAUCUUGGCGUCCUUGAAGGGGUUCGACGCCUUCAGCAAGCCCAAGGAUGUGUAUCGCGUUAGGACAUCGCAAGGUGCUCUGAUCAGUCUGGUCGCAGCGUUGUUGAUCGCCCUGCUGAUCGGAUCGGAGUUCCGGAGUUAUCGGAACAUCACGCUGCACGAGUCGUUGAUUGUGGACAAGUCUCGAGGAGAGAAGAUCAACAUUGCGGUCAAUAUGACAUUUCCUCGCGUUCCCUGCUACCUGCUCAGCAUGGACGUCAUGGACAUUUCCGGCGAACAUCAAAAUGACAUUCAUCACGAUGUGACGAGGACGAGAUUGUCGCCAGAUGGGCACACGGUCGAGACUUCAAAGGGGCUCAAAGGCGAAGCGGCCAGGCUGGCCAGCUUGCAUGGAAAGGACUUUUGCGGCAGCUGCUACGGCGGUACGCCCCCGGCCAGCGGUUGCUGCAACACGUGCGAAGAGGUGAAGGAGUCAUAUGCCCUCAAGGGCUGGAGCUUCACCAAUCCGGAUGGCAUCGACCAGUGCGUAUCCGAGGGCUGGUCACAAAAGAUAAAGGAGCAGAACAAAGAAGGCUGCAAUGUGGCAGGGGUCAUUCACGUCAAUAAGGUAGUGGGCAACUUCCACUUGAGUCCUGGCAAGGCUUUCCAAAGAAACUCGAUGGCCAUUUACGACCUUGUGCCCUACCUCGCUGGCAACAAGGAAGCGAAUCACCAUGACUUCGGUCACAUUAUCCACGAGCUCUCCUUCGGUACGCAAGAGGAAUUCAUUGCUACUCAGACUUGGAACAAUGUCAACCCUUUGGCGAAACGGCCAAAGACGGCAAAGCAGAGGUUGGGCAUCGUGGAUCCCUUGCAGGGAGUCAGAGCUCACACUGAGAAGAGUCAGUUCAUGUUUCAAUACUUCCUCAAGGUCGUUCCCACGGAGUAUCAUUUGCUGUCUGGCGAGAGGCUCAAGUCACACCAAUACAGCGUGACCACUUACGAGCGGGAUCUGUCCCCGGGCGCUCAAGCAGCAGCGGCCGCAGGUGUGCCAAGCGCCAGCCACACCACCCCUCAUCACGUCACUCAUGGUUUCGCAGGCGUUCCAGGAGUCUACAUCAACUUUGAUCCUUCGGCCCUGCGGAUCAUCCACACAGAGACUAGACCUAGCUUGGCCCACUUCUUGACCUCCACGUGCGCCAUUGUCGGAGGAAUCCUCACGCUUGCUGGGUUGGUCGAUAUGAUCCUGUACAACGCCAGGCUUCGCAUCAACGAGGGAGUCGAAAGCGGAUCGGGCGGGUUGCCUAGGAGUAGCAGUGGUGGGAAAAUGUUCUGAGAGGGGGCAAGGUCAGCUGUCGAGGUCUCGAUUGCGCAGAGGAAAGGGCAGGCGCGCGGUCGCGCUAGCCUUGCCGCACGCCCGAGACGCAGAUUGAAAAAGAAAGGGAUCACGGUCCACAAAAGCACGAGCGCGCGCAACGUCACACACGAGAAUCGGACAUUCAGUAAUGGCUUUUUUUAUAACGCAUCUCAUGUUUCUGCCC